UGUGCGGUAACGUUUUCAGUCGGCGUUACAACCUGCGGACGACAGCAUGCACGAUCGAUCCCAACUUCCAGACAGGAUACACAAUGUGCAAUACGAAUACGACACGCGCUACGCCAUGCAGUUAUGUCGAUGGAUCCUGAAGCCAAUCGGUAUCUGGCACCUGAUUUACAGUCGUCGCUCGUCACAAGGCGAGAAGCUCUUUUCAUUCGUGCUGAUCCUCGCGUGCUUCUCCGGCCUGGGCUUCGUGCUUGUACCUGUCGUUCCGUACAUUCUGCUCCGUGAGAAGGAUAUCAACACUAAGGUCAAGCUCUUUGGGCCGAUCGGUUUUUGUAUAACUUCCGCGAUCAAGUACUGCUUCCUCGGACGGCGCGUUACGGCGAUCGGAAAAUGCGUUGAACAUGUUGAGAGUGAUUGGCAGAUCGUGCGAUAUCAGGAUCAUCGCAAAAUGAUGUUGAAUAACGUGCUGGUAGGCCGCAGACUAACGACGCUGUGCGUGAUUUUUCUUUACACCGGCGGCAUGUCCUAUCAUGCGAUCAUGCCAUUGUUCGCUAAGACAAAGAUAAAUGAUAGCUUCACGAGUAGACCGUUGGUUUAUCCAGGAUACGAUCUGUUUUUCGAUCCUCAGGCAAGUCCAGCUUAUGAGAUCAUCUUUUUCAUGCAUUGUCUGUCCGCUGUGAUACAGUAUAGCGCUACGACGGCAACGUGCAGUUUGGCCGCGGCUUUUGCGACGCACGCAUGCGGACAAGUACAGAUACUGAUGACACUUUUGGACGAUUUGGUCGACGGAAGGAGGACUAAAGACACUGUGGAGCAACGUCUGAGCGUGAUAGUGAAGCAUCACGUGCGUGUGCUGAGAUUUACCACCGACGUGGAGGAAAUAUUACGUGAGAUAUGCUUAAUCGAACUGGUAGCCGCAACCUUGAUUAUAUGCUUGCUCGAAUAUUAUUGCAUGAUGUAUAGCAAAAUCAGUUCGGCCGCGUAUGACAGUAAUUGGUACAAUUUACCCGGCCAUAAGGCUGUCGAUCUUAUUAUGAUUAUUACGAUGUCUCAUUAUCCACCCAAACUUACGGCUGGCAAGUUCUGUGAUUUAUCUCUCAAUACUUUCAGCACUGUACUUAAAUCAUCCGUAGUAUAUUUAAAUUUACUUCGGACAGUUACACAAUGAAACUAAUACAUUCCUCAUUAUUGCUUCUAGCAACAAAUU